AUGUCUGACAGCCACAAGCAACCGCCAUAUCAUAACAACCAACACUAUCAACAGCAGCCACCCUCUAGUGCUAGUUCUAAUACCACUACUAUUAAUCGUAUUACUCAACACCACCUCUCUAACGCAGUGCCACCACCAGCAAAAACAACAACAACAAUGCGAACUACCAUGCCACAGCAUCCCGCGCCACCCCCCUUACAUAAUGACCGAACCACGGGAAUACAUGCUGCAGAGGCUGCUUCAUCUACAACAACUACUGCCACGACUACAACCACAAACACUUCUAUAUUGUCUGCCAGUUUAUCCUCAAAUGCCUCCACUAGAAAAACUGAAUACAUUGGAGUAUAUGCAGUUGGACGUGAGAUUGGAAAAGGCUCCUUUGCUAUCGUAUACAAGGGCCAUGACACAACCACCAAUAAGCCAGUGGCCAUCAAGUCCGUUUAUCGAUCCAAAUUGAAAUCAAAAAAACUUGUCGAGAAUUUGGAGAUUGAAAUUCAAAUAUUGAAAACGAUGAAACAUCCGCAUAUAGUGGGUUUACUUGAUUAUAAACAAACAGCUGCUCAUUUCCAUUUGAUUAUGGACUACUGUUCAAUGGGAGAUUUAUCUUAUUUCAUUCGAAGAAGAAGUCAACUUGUUAAAACCCACCCGGUGAUUUCUAGUUUAUUAGAGAGGUACCCUUCACCGCCUAAUUCCCAUGGCCUAAAUCAAGUGUUGAUACUACACUUCCUUCGUCAGUUGUCAUCAGCAUUGAUUUUUUUACGGGAAAAGAGUUUGGUUCAUCGAGAUAUUAAACCACAAAAUUUACUCUUGUGUCCUCCUUUACAUUCAAAACAAGAAUUUAUCAAGGGUGAGUAUAGUGGAAUGUGGGAAUUGCCAAUUUUAAAGAUUGCUGAUUUUGGUUUUGCCCGUUUUUUACCUUCGACUUCAAUGGCAGAAACUCUAUGUGGGUCUCCUUUGUAUAUGGCACCUGAAAUCUUGCGAUACGAGAAAUAUAAUGCUAAGGCCGAUUUAUGGUCGGUGGGAGCUGUAUUGUAUGAGAUGACUGUGGGUAAACCACCUUUCAAGGCAGGAAAUCAUAUUGAGUUGCUAAAAAAUAUUGAAAAGGCAAAUGAUAAGAUAAAGUUCCCCUCCGCAGCCGAAGUACCUGACUCUUUGAAACAGUUGAUUAGAUCACUUUUAAAGUACAAUCCUACGGAGAGAAUAUCAUUCCAGGAGUUUUUUAAUGAUGAUUUAAUUACAUGCGAUUUGGAAGAUACCGAUAAACCUUUGGAAACAUCGGAUAUGGAUGAGAAUUUGUUUAUUAGUGAGUACAUCAGUCCCAUAAAACCAUCAGAAAGAUCUCAAUUGAUAAAAAAUGACACUAUAACUCCUAUGACACCAGCAUUCGAUCCUAUUACAAAGGCGAUCCAAGAUCAGGAUCGUGACCAGGUGCUGGUUGAUGAAGUUGAUGCUAUAUCAUUGCCAAGACAGGGUGUUAAAGCAGAUCCAGCACCCAUCGAUAAAUAUAAGGAAAGAGAUAAUGACAGUGCCAAUACUACACGAGAUGGCCCUUACGCAGAAGGUCGUAGUAGAGUGUCUUCUUCACGUGAUGAUGAUAUCAAGAGAUUAAUUGACAAAAAUAGUCCUGAUCCAGAGCACCUCAGUCACUCAAUAGUAAACAAUGAUUCAACCCAUUUCAAACUGAGAAAGGAAGAUAUGGUUCUUGAAAAGGAUUACGUGGUUGUAGAAAAGAGAGUUGUCGAGGUCAAUGCGGUAGCCGAUGAACUUGCUCGUGCUGGUAGUGGUGCUGAUGCCAUGAGUGAUCCCCGAAAUCAUUUGGAAGGCGAUAAAUCCAAACAUCCACAGAGACCACUGCAGAGAAGUCGUAAGAACUCUCUUGGAGGGUAUCAGCGAAGACCCAGUUUUACAGAUCGACGAAUAUCAAUCUCAAUUUCACCAACCAACGCUUUAAGCAAAGCAAUAGGUCUUGCGCUGCAUCGUCUAUUUGGUGGAAAUAAUGUCUCAUCUGUCCCAAGCCAAAUACCUACGACCACUGCUAUAUCGGAAGAGGGAGGGGAUGUUCAAAAUAGGAAAAGCAAAACGGACCUUGCUUCAUUUUCAAAUGUAAUGUCUAGCCCCAAUUUUGUCAACAACACCCUUUUACAAAAGUUGAAUCUUCCUGUUUCAUCAACUUUGGUUACAUUGAGUGAUGAUGAUGAUAAUGAUGAUGCGAAGAACGUAACACCCGAUGAACUUGUCUUGAAUAGGUUGGAAACUAUUGCUACAAAGUCACAUGCAGUGAAUCUAUUUGCCGAUGUGAAAUUUAGUCAAUUGAUCCCGAGUCCCCCUUCGUUGGAUGAUGCAGGGCAUGAAUUUUUGGACCACAACGACGCUUUACCGCCGAAAAUUGUUCGCACUAUAUGUGAAGAAGGCGUUGUGCUUUAUGUAAAAGCAUUGUCUCUCUUAGCGAAAGGAAUGUCUGUUGCGAGCGAAUGGUGGUAUGACCUGUUCAACAAUGCGGUAGGUGAUGAAUAUGGCAAUGGUAAUAACGCCAGGCGAGAUAUUCAGACUUCAAUCAAGAUAAACCAAUUGGUGCAAUGGAUAAGGGAGAAAUUCAAUGAAUGUUUGGAAAAGGCAGAGUUUAUAAAAUUGAGAUUGCAAGAGGCCAAUACAGCUAUUGCAAAAGCUGACGGUCUUGAAUUUAUUCCUGAAGCCCGGUCGAGCUCACAAAAAGUGAUUGCAGAGAGACUAAUUUUUGACAGAGCAUUGGAAAUGUCUAGGAAUGCAGCUGUCAAUGAAUUAGUAAAAGAAGAUUUAAAAGGAUGCGAGUUGGCAUAUAGUACUGCCAUUUGGAUGCUUGAAGCACUAUUGGAUGAAGACGAUACGAAGGAGCACGAGAAUGAACGCAAAUUGGAUAAUGAAGAUAGAGUCAUGGUUGAAAAGUUCAUUGUUAGCAUCGGCAAUAGAUUAUCGGUUUUAAAGAAGAAGAUGGAAUUAAUAUAA